GCCAUUUACUGAAUCUCACGCCAAAGUUAGAAUUGACCUCAAUGGACUCAUUCGCUCUCGCUAAAUAACCAACCUAACUCGAUAAUCCGGGUAAAUAAAUAAUCCGUGUAGGCUAAUCCAUUUAUAUUUGUCUCAUUGGAAUGAACGGAGUCACGUAGGUGUGAGAAGGGGAGCGAGGAGGAGGAGUAACAGCGCCGCUGAUGAAGCCGCAAUUAGUUGAAUCGAUUCCACCGAGGAAUCUCCACCUCAGCGAACACCUCACUCGGUUGCAGGCAACCAAGAAGAAGCCGCGACAUGGCCGCCUGUCGACGGAACCGACUCAAACUUUUCCUCAGCGGCGCUGCAUUGUUUGCUUUACUUUUCCUCUACUUUGGCGAAACUCCCGACACCGACCCCCACGUCCUCGAGGCACGCGAGUCGUACCUGAGGAGACCGGUUUACGAGAAGCCCCCGCUGCUGCCGGACGCCCCCGGGGCGCUGGGCAGUGCCGUGCUGUUGACGCUGACCGGCGACGAGAAACGCAAGCAGGAAGAGAGCAUCUCCAAGUAUCAGAUCAACAUCUACGUCAGUGACAUGAUCUCACUACAUCGACGCCUCCCGGAGAGGUGGAACCCGCUGUGCCGAGACGUGCUCUACGACUACCACCAUUUGCCCAGCACCUCUGUCAUCAUCGCCUUCUACAACGAGGCCUGGUCCACGCUGCUCAGGACAGUCCACAGCGUCCUGGAGACGUCUCCCGACAUCCUGCUCAAGGAGCUGAUCCUGGUUGACGACUUCAGCGAAGCAGAUCACUUGAAAGAGCCUUUGGAGAAAUACCUGAGAGGCUUGCGGAAGGUGCGUCUGAUCCGGGCCAACAAGCGGGAGGGCCUAGUGCGAGCCCGCCUGCUGGGGGCGUCCUACAGCACGGGCGACAUUCUGACCUUCCUGGAUUGCCACUGCGAGUGCCACGAAGGCUGGCUGGAGCCUCUUGUCCACAGGAUCAAAGAGGAGCCGACAGCCGUGGUGUGUCCCGUCAUUGACUCCAUCGACUGGAACACUUUCAAAUAUUUGGGCAACCCUGGCGAGCCUCAGAUCGGCGGCUUCAACUGGGGGAUGGUCUUUACGUGGCACGCAAUCCCAGAUCACGAGAGGAAACGGCGCAGUUCGCCUAUCGACGUCAUCAGGUCCCCCACUAUGGCGGGCGGUUUAUUUGCUGUGAGUAAGAGCUACUUUUCCUACUUGGGCACGUACGACACGGGCAUGGAGGUGUGGGGAGGGGAGAACUUGGAAUUCUCCUUCCGGAUCUGGCAGUGCGGCGGCAGCCUCGAGGUGCACCCGUGCUCGCACGUGGGCCACGUGUUCCCCAAGGCGGCGCCGUACUCGCGCAAGAAGGGGCUGGCCAACAGUGUGCGCGCCGCCGAAGUGUGGCUGGACGACUACAGGGAGGUCUACUACAACCGCAACCGUCACGCCCGAGUGGAGAACUUCGGCGAUGUGUCAGAGCGCCUUCGGCUGCGGGAGAAGCUGGGCUGCAAAAACUUCAAGUGGUACCUGAACAACAUUUACCCUGAACUCUACGUCCCAGAGGACCGGCCGGGAUUUUUCGGAAUGUUAAAAAGUGUGGGCAAGGCAGAUUUUUGUUUGGACUACAACCCUCUAGACAAGAGCAAAACAGUGAUUCUAUAUCAUUGCCACAGCUUGGGCCAGAACCAGUUCUUUGAAUUCUCGUCAGACGGAGCCCUCCGUUACAACAUGGGCGACUCCUGCGUGGAAGGCGACAACGUCAGUGCCUAUCUGACCGUGCAGCUCUGCGCCAAAACCACCGAGCCGGUACUGGCGCAACAGAAGUUCAACUUGAGGGAGGAUGGCAGACUACUGCACUUGGACAGCCUGAAGUGCGUGGAAGCGCUGGAGCGGACGGACAAAGGCGUACCGGCACCGAUGCUGAGGCCAUGCUCUGACAGCCAGUUCCAAAAGUGGACCUUUCAGCCCAUGUGAUGGUACCGUUCUUCACUUUUUGCCACCUCCUCAUGUUUUUGCGUGGUCUGUCAGUUGGUUCUGACGAGUCCUUUGUGAAGACUGGAGGGAUUUAUUUUUAUGAACAGCUGUGUGGUUUUUGCAGUUUUUUUUAAUGAAGAUGGAGAAUGAAGUGCACAGUUUGCCCAGCAGAGAGCGCCCAAGCUCCUCCAUCAAAGUUGUUGGACAAACUUGAGAAUCAGCCUGCUAAAUGUUUACACUGAAAGGGACUUUGCCUUUUUGGGCGUGCAGCUUCAACAGACUAAAAGCAAAGCCAUUUUUUCAAGUCUUUGUUCUUUAGGUUUAUAAUUUCAUUGUUCACUUCCCCUUUUCUACACUUUUGUUUGAAAUUGUUAUUCUUUGUUCACUUGGCUUUCAUUGUUUACUUCCCCUUUUCUACACUACGGUUUGAAUUGAUUCUUUUUUUACUUGGAUUUCUUUGACCGCGUUUUAAUUUCAUUUUAAUUACACCCCCCCCCGUAUUUCCAUGAAAUCCAUAUCGACCAUCUAGAAUUCUGGGGCGUAAAAUUAAUUUUUGUUGCAGCCCACUUGGUUUCCCCAGUAGGCAGUUAAAACUGAAACCAUAAACAUGUAUAAUGGUUUCAUUCCAUUAUUGCACAGAGGGAAAACAAGAUGAGUAACUAGUUUUGGAUUCAGAAUUCAAGAAAAACACUAUUAAGUCAUUCACUGCCAUCCAUUUUCAAAGCAGAGUUACCCAUUACCAGCUUGAUUUGGAUUAAUCGCUUAAGGCCCUCUGACUAUUGUGAUCUUUGACAAAACAAGUACAGAAGCCACCAGAAGAAAAAGUCAUUCGUCUUUAAUAACCAGGAAAAUUGGGUUUUUUCCGCUCUUGACUAAUCAGCACGAAGCCCGCUUCCCUAUUUUUAGCUGAUGUGAUAUUGCCCUCUGCUGGCAUUUGUUUGUCAUGACAGUUAGCUUUGUCACGGCAGUUAGCUUAAUUUGCAGUUAAAUGGUCAGAAAAAAAGAUUUACAUUGCAGCCAGGGAACGUCUUGUAAGAAGAUUCAAAUCGCACACAGAAGGGAGGGUUGGCAAGUAUGUUUCCACACAUUAGUUUUUAAUCUAACAAAUGAUACUUUCUUCUCUCUCGCUUCUUUUAAGUUGUUAAAUGACAAAGUAAGCUGUCACUAAUUGUGGUGGCCUUUAUUAAGCGUUUAUUUGCAAAAGGAACAUUUCUUGAAUGUCUUUUUGUACUUGCUACGGGUGUAAUAAAUUUGAACCGCAUCACUAUGCACGAAGGCUGUCAAUUAAAAACAAACACCAAGUUG